AUGUGUGAAAUGAUUGGUAAGUAUGGAGUUGGAUACAAACCACCAUCUUAUCAUGACAUUAGAGAAAAGCUGUUGAAACAAGCUGUGAAUAAAACAGAUGAAAUCCUUGAGGAUUAUAAGGAGGAGUGGAAGAAAACUGGAUGUACAAUUAUGUCGGAUGGUUGGACAGAUAAAAAAAGACGUUCUAUUUGCAACUUCUUGGUGAAUAAUCCUAAAGGGACGAUUUUUCUUUAUUCACUUGACACUUCAUACAUAUCAAAAACAACUGAUAAAGUUUUAAAAAUGUUAGAUGAUGUUGUUGAGUUUGUUGGAGAAGAAAAUGUUGUUCAAGUUGUCACUGAUAAUGCUACAAAUUUCAAGGCAGUUGGAGAGUUGUUGAUGCAAAAGAGGGAAAGAUUGUAUUGGACUCCAUGCGCAGCACAUUGCAUUGAUUUGAUAUUUGAAGAUUUUGAAAAAAAUUUAAAGGUCCAUGAAUUGACAAUUAAGAAGGGAAGAAAGAUUACCACUUACAUUAAUGGAAGAUCAAUGUUGAUGUCCUUGUUGAAAAAGUUCACUAAAGGUAGAGACUUUGAUAAGACCAGCUCUGAAGAGUGGAAGACAAGCAAGUUUGGAACUUCACAAGAGGGCAAGAAAGUACAAUAUGUGGUAUUAGAUAGUCGGUUCUGGAAGAAUGUCUCCACAUGCCUGAAAGCUGCUGCCCCUCUUAUGGUGGUCUUAAGAUUAGUAGACUCAGAUGUAAAACCCGCAAUGGGUUUUAUUUAUGAAGAGAUGGAUUGUGCAAAAGAGAAGAUUAGGUCUAACUUCAACGAUAUCAAAAAGAGUUAUGAAGAGGUUUGGAGAAGAAUUGGUGCUCGAUGGGAUAAUCAACUUCAUAGGCCUUUGCAUGCAGCUACCUAUUUUCUGAACCCCUAUUUCCACUAUGAACCUAACUUUAGAAGUGAUGAUGGUGGAGAGGUGAAAGAAGUAUUGUAUUUUUGCAUGAGAAGAUUGAUACCAGAUAUGGCAGAAAGAAGAAAAGUUAAUUUACAAAUUGUUGAAUUUCAUAAUGCUAGAGGACUUUUUGGAAUGGAAGAUGCAAAGGAGUGUAGGAAAGAGUUAAAUCCUAGGGAAUGGUGGGACAUGUUUGGUGAUGGAACUCUGGAGUUGAAGAGAUUUGCUAUUCGAAUUCUAAGCUUGACUUGUAGUUCUUCUGGAUGUGAUGAAUGGAUAACUGAAGAGGCAAAUGAUGUUGUUGAGAUUGAUCAAGUUGAAGGUGAAAAUGAUGGUGAAAAUGUUCACUUAGAUGAAGCAACAACAGAUCCUGCUUUAGAUGCUCUUGAUCUUGAUAAUAAAACAUUUGGGAACAAUGAGGAUGCACAACAUUCAUCAGAGGAAGAGUUAGAUGAGGAUGAUGAUGGAGAUGAUGAUGCCAUUAUUAAGGAUUGGAGGAUUAGGCAUAGAGAAUUUGGAAUUUCAAUUUAUGAUUCGAGCAAAAAAUUGAGUAGCCCUGAUCAUGUGGUUCUUGAGCACUUCAAUCCAGUUUGUAGGAAUGUUGUUCUUUGUGGCAUGUAA